UUUGUUCAAAUGAAUAAAGUCAAUAUUUUAUUUUAUGAUUCGUUUAUUAACUUAUUAUUUUUUCUUUUUUUUCCAGCACCUUAUAUCCAAGAAGCUCAAAAAAGGCGGCAGAUCAGCGGCCAAGUUGGAGAAAAAUGUCGACGGCACACUCGAAAGCGCGGACGACACCCUGCGGUCAGCCCGGUCUCACGAAUCCCUCCAGUCAGCUUCGUACCCGCACGACCACGAAACGACCCCCUCCCCCCUGCACGAACGAUCGAGAAUUCCAGUUAAUCGUGAUGAGGUCAGACGCACAGAAAAUACCCUUAAAAUAUGGGUAAUGGAAGCCAAGGGUAUUCCUAACAAGAAAAAGUAUUUUUGCAACCUGAUUCUCAACAAUGAGCUCUACAGAAGAACGUUUAGCAAGAUGAAGUCCAACAUGUGCUUCUGGGGAGAGUAUUUCGAGCUCAACGCCCUCCCUCAGGUCUCCUCCAUCUGUAUCGAGCUGAUGCGCGAGGCCGACAAGAAACCCGGCUACAAGAAGAUCGGCACGGUGGAGAUCGACCUGAAGCCGUCCAGCCCAGGGCGAGCGGCUCUCGUGGAGCAGUGGUACCCCGUCAAGGUCGACAAGCCAGACCGCGAGAUACCCACCCUUAGGAUUAAGCACAGAUUUCAAUCACUGGACAUCCUACCACUCCCCCAGUAUGGUGCCUUCCGUCAGUACCUCAAGGACAAUGCCACCUCUCUGUGUCAGCUCCUGGAGCCCGUCGUGUCCGUCAAAUCCAAGGAGGACAUCGCCACGACGCUCAUCAACAUCAUGCAGAAGGAGGAGAGGGCCAUCACGUUCCUGGUCAGCCUGAUCCUGACGGACAUUCAGCGGAUAGGUGAUAAAAAAACCGAGAACGAACACCUCCUCUUCCGUGGCAACAGCGUCGCCACGAAAGCCAUCGAAGCUUACAUGCGGCUCGUGGGCGAACACUACCUGCAGGAGACGCUGUCCGACUCGAUCCAGGCAAUCAUCGCCACGUCGGAGGAUCUGGAGGUGGACCCCUUGAGGAUCACCAACAUCCAGUAUCUCCCCCGGCAGCGAGAGGUGUUGAAGGAGCGCGUCUGCUCGAUAUGGGAUAAGAUCAUUCAGUCCGGACGAAGCUUCCCUGUUGAGCUUCGAAAGGUUUUCCAUACCAUUCGGGAGAGGCUGUCGCGUCAGGAUAAGUGCGAGCUGACAGACAACCUCAUCUCCGCGUGUGUGUUCCUUCGCUUCCUCUGUCCUGCCGUCCUGUCUCCUUCCCUCUUUAACAUCACGCAAGAGUACCCAGACGAACGCGCGGGAAGAAACCUCACGCUGGUGGCCAAGACGCUGCAAACGCUGGCCAACUUUACGCACUUCCAGGGCAAAGAGAGCUUUAUGGAAUUCCUUAAUGAAUUUAUAGACAAGGAGCAGGAAAAAUGCAGAACUUUCCUGAGAACCAUAUCUAGUCCACCCAACAGAGAUGAGACAGAACUCGAAUUCGACGGAGAGAUCGACUUGGGGAAGCACUUGGCUCAGCUGCACCUCCACUUGACCGAAGCCAUCGCCAAGAUCGACACCCAGGGCUACGAGAGCGAAGCCAGCAAGGUCCUGGCGCUGGUCGAGGACAUCAACAUCCUCCUGGGAAGUGACCAGAAGGACCUCUCCAGCGCCGCGUCCCGACAGAUGUUCGCGCCGCCGCUCGUGUCGUCUUCGCUACCUUCAGCCACGCAUCCGAACAACAAUUACAUCAGGGACGGUUGUGGGGAAGGGCUGAAUGUAGUCGAUGCCCAGAUGGGUAUAGUGAUGGCAGGAGAAGUUGAUGUUGGGUUGUCAGUGCCCAUUACCAACACCCCAAGAUCCCAGUCCCUCCCUCGAGCAGCAACACCGAUAUACACCCACCACCAAAUGCAGGCAAGCAUUAGUCCGAGUAUAAACUCUCCAUACCGAGACAAAACUGCAGCCAACGACCUGUCUACGAGUGACGACUACGUCCUCAUAACUGCAUUUGACCACCAGACGGAGCCACAGAACUUCAUGUAUCCCUCCAUAGAAGCCAAUAACAACAACUCUCCCAUGACCGACAUGAGGCUAAGCAACAACAACACAUACUACAUGGCAGAAGUCGCCCCCCCGUCGUCCCCCAUGCGCCAGACAAGCUCGCCGGGGCCUCACGUGGCAGGGGGGAUGCACCAGCCCCUCAGAGGACACGUUCACCACCGCCUCCACCCAAGAGCUACAGCAAUGUCCUCCAGAAGUCACUCAUUGACGGGGGUUCCGAACGCAAUCGAGAGACGAGCAGUGUAUCAAGACGAGUGCUCUGAGCUCUACAGAUACAUGGAUUCUUGUUCUCAUAAGAUCCACGCUCUGUGCAUGGACAGUGAGAACAACAUCCAAGGUUCACAGACGUCCAUCUCUCAGCUGUCUAAUGUGGCGUCCUCAGGCUACCAGAGCUUCGCCUACUCGCAGUCGUCGUCACCAGUGGAUUCUCUCCUGCACACAGACAACUCCAGUCUGCUGUCGCGCGAGAAUGGUAAUUCUGGACCACCAGGAGGACUGAGACAAGUCUUACAUGGUUCACCAGUAGCAUCUCCCAUGCAUCAGCCGCACAGUGCUAAGCACCGAGCCGUAGCAGUACACCCAGCAUACUUAGGGCAUGCUGGUCAUGUGUCGCUACACGGCACUCCCAGACACAUCCCAAGAGUCCCUCAGCCCAAAGGGAGCCCCAACAGCAGCCUCAGCUCCUCCCAGAGCGUGGAGGACCUUUCCUCCCUCCGUCGUGGUCGCACCCGACAGCGCCGCUCUGCUUCCUCCUCCUCCGAUUCCUCCCCUGACACCCGGCCAGCUUCUCACUCUCACUCUCACUCACGCCGUCCUCAUGCUCACCCCCCUCGCACCAACCCACACUGCUCGCCCCGUCUGGCCGCGUCACAGGCGCUCAGGCACGAGCUCAGGGCCAGGUCGCGCUACGAUCGCAGCGCCAGUGGCCGCAGAGGGAAGAACUUCAGAUCAUGCGAAAGAGAAGAUUAUCCCCGAGGGUCAUCCCACUGUUACGACGACUCCGAGGAUGAAAUGAGCAUUGUGACUCGGGCAUCAACAGGAGGAGGAGUGGGCAUGGGCGUGGGCAGCUGGGCAAAAGAUGGGCGUCGUCUGAGUCAGGAUGAACACAUUGUUCCUUCCACCAUUGCCUCUCAACAGAUUUUGGACCAACAGGAAGAUCAGAUGAGAGCCAUUGUUGAGAGAUUAAUGACUAUGGAACAAGAAUUCCGGCAUGAACAAGAGCUCAUGAGAAGGGAGAUGCAUGACAAAGACGCUCGCAUUGAUGCUCAAGCUAAGAAGAUUGCAGCUCUUGACACUGCCAACACUGAGCUUAUUCGCACCAUUGCCUCCUUGAGCACAAGACCCUCUGACAUGAAGGCAACGGACCACGAGUUGCCAGGCGAUACCACCAUUGACUCCUGCAAUGCCUCUGACACAUCUGACUACAAGAGCUCCUCUUGCUGAUUCCGGAAUGAUAACAAAUUUUUACGUCAUUAAGUUUAAGUGAUAUUGCUUAUUUUAUUAAAGAUGCAUUGGUAGAUCAGAUUAUCUUAGAAGUAUUAUAUAAGAAAAGAAAUAUAUAUAGAUAUAUAUAUAUGAAUAUGAGUAUAUAAAAUCCUUAAAAAAAUCUGUGGUAAAACAAACAUUUAUCGAAUAUUGUUAAAUUUGUUUUAAAUGAUUGUAAAACCAAGAUCACACUCAAGUUUGGAUUUAUUGGUCCAUUGUCAUGGGCCAAACUCCAUGAAAAAGUGGAAAAAAAAUGUAUUACUACUUUACAAAGUGCAAGCUUUUAUUUUGGAAAAGCUUCUGUGCUGGGCAUUUAAGUACAAUAAUUUCAUUCCCUUUUUAUUAUAACAAUAAUUUCUGUUUGUCCUCGAUGUCAUUCAUUUUCACUUGAAUAUAUUUUUACCUCACUUGCAAAUGGAGCAUGUACCUAGUCCAGUCUUGUUAUUUGCCAGUCCAAACGAUGCAUCUUUGCGUUUUUUCUUACUCUCAGUGCAAACUCGACAACAUUCCCAUCUUGAGAGACCAAUUAUUUGGUAGUUUUUCCCUCUUAGAGCUAUUACUUACUUUUUUCCUUAUUUUUCUUUUUGUCUAUGUUACUCUCAGUUUUGUACUUCAUUUGCAUAUAUUUUCUGUACCCAGUAGAGCAAAGCAAUCUGAGAGAGAUGAAAUUAAUCCUAGUGUGAGAGAUUAGAAGUAAAUUGUCACUUUUGACUUCAAAAACAAAUUGAAAAUCUCAAGUACAAAUAUGAAUGAGCAUCCAACUUUAGAAAAUGGCUAUAAUGAUUGUUGCUAACAUCUCUUUGAUCAGAAACAUCAGAGUUUUCUUUUAAUUUUUGCAACAAAACUUUUUGGGCUCUACUGCUUGGUUACACAGAACAUUGUCCUUCAUUUAUAAGAACAUCACAGUUGUCUUAUCAGUUAUAGAGUGUAGAUUGUUAAGAAUCAGUGUUAAUGUACCACUGGCAUAAGAUCUGUCUUUAAAUAACGACUACUCUGCUUCAGUAUAUUGCAGUGUGAGACUGAUUGUUCAGUAUCAGUGAGUGGUCACUUGUAGGGAUAUCUGUUCACUAUUUUGUAUAGAAUGGAUAAAUUUUGUACAGAAAUGCUUUGUUAAUACAGUAGCAAUUGAUUAGGUUGAAACUUUAAGGACACCAAAGAUUAGAUUGUUAGUUUUUAAUCAUUUUUUUAUUAUUAUUAUUUUUUUUCUUUCAAGCUCAACGUCAGUGCAGUGCGUCCGACUCACACUUUUAUGUCCAUUAGUACACUUGUAGGACCUGUUGUAAAUAUUUAGACAUAUCUUUGUUCAUAUGUAGUACACACAAAAAAGACAUGUGUAAUUUCUCAAUAUUUCUUGACAAUAUUCAAGGUUUUUGAUACUGCUUGUUGUGUGUCAGGAAAACGUGUUUGGAGCUUGUGAAGCACCUUAUGUAUAUAUUCUUGGAAAAGCCAAAGGUUUAGACAAGGUUGUACAUUUCCGUGAUUCCCACAUUAAAAUGUGGCUUGUGACAUUUGUACUAAACAUGUACUGGUAAUAGACAGAAUAAUAAAUUUACUGAUUAUA